UAGACUCUGAGAGCCUCAGGGACCCGGCUGGAGCUGACCGUCCCCAGUCCUGUGCCAAGCCAGGAUGCUCAUGAGGAAAGUGCCCGGCUUCGUCCCGGCCUCCCCGUGGGGGCUGCGUUUGCCGCAGAAGUUCCUUUUCCUUCUCUUCCUCUCAGGCCUCGCCACCCUGUGCUUCGGGGCCCUCUUCCUACUGCCCAACUCCUCUCGCCUCAAGCGCCUCUUCCUGGCGCCCCGGACCCAGCAUCCCGGCCUGGAGGUAGUUGCCGACGUCCCCGGCCAACCCUCGGCCCGAGAGCAGGAGUCGCCCCCUAAGCCGGCCCCCGCUGCGCCAGCCCCGGGCAAGGAUGACCCCAACAGUCAAGCCAGUACCCGUAGCAGGAAAGGGUGGCUGCGGCGUACCCACCCCACCAGGCCACGGGAGGAGGCCACGGAGCCCCGGAGCAGCGGUGGCGAGGCCCUCAGACCCCAGGAGGGGAGCAUUCCAUUUAGCUUUGACUUCAACGCGUUCAGGAGCCGCCUCCGCCACCCGGUCCUGGGGACUACAACUGAUGAGAGUGAGGAGCCUCAGAGCCUAGUUCAAACCCAGCGGGAGAAAAUCAAGGAGAUGAUGCGGUUUGCCUGGCAGAGCUACAAGCGGUACGCGAUGGGGAAAAACGAGCUCCGGCCCCUCACAAAAGAUGGCUACGAGGGCAACAUGUUCGGAGGCCUUAACGGGGCGACAGUCAUCGACUCCCUUGACACCCUCUACCUCAUGGAGCUGAGAGAGGAGUUCCAGGAGGCCAAGGCCUGGGUGGAAGAGAACUUCCACCUGAACGUGAGCGGAGAAGCGUCUUUGUUCGAGGUGAACAUCCGGUACAUCGGAGGACUCCUCUCGGCCUACUACCUGACAGGAGAGGAGGUGUUCCGCGUAAAGGCCAUCAAGCUCGGAGAGAAACUCCUGCCGGCCUUCAACACGCCCACAGGAAUCCCCAAAGGCGUCGUGAACUUCAAAAGCGGCUCCAACAGGAGCUGGGGCUGGACCAUGGCUGGGAGCAGCAGCAUCCUGGCGGAGUUUGGAUCCCUGCACUUGGAGUUCUUACACCUCACCGAGCUCUCUGGCAACCAGGUCUUCGCUGAAAAGGUCAGGCACAUCCGGAAGGUCCUCAGGAAGAUCGACAAGCCAUUCGGCCUCUACCCCAACUUCAUCAGCCCAGUGAGCGGGAACUGGAUGCAGCACCACGUCUCAGUUGGAGGACUCGGGGACAGUUUUUAUGAAUAUUUGAUCAAAUCCUGGUUGAUGUCGGCCAAGACAGACAUGGAGGCCAAAGAUAUGUACUACGAAGCCUUGAAGGCGAUAGAGACCCACCUGCUGAACGUGUCCCCCGGGGGGCUGACCUACUUUGCUGAGUGGCGCGGGGGCAUUCUGGACCACAAGAUGGGGCACCUGGCCUGCUUCUCCGGGGGCAUGAUCGCCCUGGGCGCCGAGGACGCCGAGGAGGAGAAGAGGGCUGGCUACCGAGAGCUCGCAGCCCAGAUCACCAAGACGUGCCACGAGUCGUAUGACCGCUCAGACACCAAACUGGGGCCCGAGGCCUUCUGGUUUAACUCCGGCCGAGAGGCGGUGGCCACGCAGCUGAGCGAGAGCUACUACAUCCUGAGGCCCGAGGUGGUGGAGAGCUACAUGUACUUGUGGCGGCAGACCCACGACCCCGUCUACCGGGAGUGGGGCUGGGAAGUGGUGAUGGCCUUGGAGAAGCACUGUCGGACGGAAGCCGGCUUCUCCGGGAUCCAGGACGUGUACAGCGGCGCCCCCAGCCACGACAACAAGCAGCAGACUUUCUUUCUGGCUGAGACGCUGAAGUAUCUCUAUCUCCUGUUCUCGGAAGAUGACACGCUCUCCCUGGAAGACUGGGUGUUCAACACAGAGGCCCACCCGCUGCCUGUGAACCACUCGGACAGCGCCGGCAGGGCCGGGGACCCGCUCUGACCCCGCCCCCUGCUGCCCCCGGGGCCACCGCCGCAGGGACACCUUGCCUUUCCAGGUUUGGGGACUGUUCUCAAGAGGACUGGGCACCCGGACCCCACUCCGGGCAGCUGUGCUGGACAAGCAGCUUCUUCUCCUCCAUGAGGAGACAGGACGCGGGACGCGGCGACGUCACGCCAGGCCCAGACACCCGUCUGCGGAGAAUCUCCGUGAAACCCGCGCGGCCGCCGUCCCAGGGCCAAAGGACUGGAGGUUUGCACAUCGACCCCGUGUGUUCGGUUCCCUCGGUUUGUUUUGGGGGUGUUUUUGGUUUUGCUUGAUUUUGCCUUUUCUCGCUAGUUGUGUUGUAUCACAGGUUAUAAAUAGUUUCGAAAAUCAUGCCUUCAAAAACGAUCACCCCGAUAAACUAAACCUUCAAGUGUUUGCGCACACAAAAGCCUUGACCUUAUUUUCUAUAUUUUAAGUGCUUCUCGCCCAACAUUCUCUGUAUGUUCAACUAUGUGUCACUUACCUUAUAAUUUGAAGGGGGGCCCCUUUGAUUUGGGCCCAAGUGUUAUGAAUCACUAGUGCUGUUUUCAUCAUUGUAAUGGGAAGAUCUGUAAACCUACAAUAAAAGAACUUAUUGAAUAGGAAA